AUUACAUUCUCUUUGCCUUUGCCUGAUCUCUUACUUCUGCUUUUAUUACCAGAGAAAAAAAGAAUAAGAAAAUCAAAUUGUGUGAAGAGAAAUGGUCUUGAUUACGAAGAUGUCUCUCUCUUUCUACAUCAUUCAUCUUCUCAUUUUCUCCUUAAUUUCCACUUGUGUUAUCUGCAACCAGGCGGAGGAUAAUCUUCUACAAGGUCUAAACAGCUACCGAACUGCUCAAAGAGUUCCGCCUUUUGCAAAGAACGAAAAGGCUGAUUGUGUGGCGGAUGAGAUCGCCGACAAGUUGGAAGAUCAGCCAUGCACAAACCAUACCACAGCCAGCACGGUUACUCCUGGCUCGGUCCCUCCACGGUUAACAAACUACCAAGACAUUCUCUCUGAGUGCAAAGUUGAUCCAAACACUACCCGUGAUGCGUUGAUCUUGCCGGUCUGUAUCCCUAACCGGAUCCCUACUUUGGCUUUAACUAAUUACACCCAAACUGGUUAUGCUCGGUAUCUAAAUGAUUCGAGAACCAUUAAGGAUGCAAGGAAGCUGCCAGUGAUAAAUAUGCUUGAGGAGGUCAAGAGAUCCUGCAUGAAGCGGAUAUCUAAGCUCUGUGACAAGACAAAGAAAUGUAAAACAAGAUAUGAGGUGUUAGAGGGUAGUGGCAGUUACUCGGUGAAUCUCUUGACUAGGGAGUGUGCUUGUUGUAGACAGUGGAAUCUCACAGGCAUUCCUUGUCCACAUGCUAUAUUUGUUAUUAGAGAGAAGAACCGCGAUCCAGAAGACUAUGUUGAUAGACAUCUAGCUACACAUGUCUGGAAAGCUACCUACAAAGACAACAUAGAACCUGAUGAUGAUGAUCCAUGGAGCAUCCACAAUGCACCAAAGAGGUGGAGGAAUGCUCAAAGCCAGUCCACACCACUUGUUGCUCAAAGCCAAUCCAUACCAGCUUGUUCUCAGAAUCAAUUCACACAAAAUUCGCAGCAUUCAAGUGCUCCAACAGCUAAUCCAAGUGGUAGAGGUCGUGCUCAUGGACGUCCUUCUGGUGUUAAAAAUGGUCAAGGCAAGGGUAAAGGCAAGGGCCGUGGUAAAGGAUCCGAUGAAGCUCCAAGACCUCCUGUCUUUUUUAUGUCCCCUUGAACUGAUAAGGUCUUUAUUGUUUGGCGACCUGAGAAGAAGUAGAAUGACUUUUCUGUCUUUUAUGUUCUCUUUUGUGUCUUGAUUGACUUUUUAGGAUGAUAUCUAUGUAGGAUGAUGUGUUUGGUUGGUAGGAUCCUGAUUUGUUUUUGGUGGGAUCUAUACCUUUUCAAACUAAACGGCUCUUUUGGAU